UCAAACAAGAUAGUAUUAAAACUGAUAAUGCAUAAUUCUAUUAUUUGAUUAUGCAAAUUUUUUUAUGUAAAAAUGUAUAGAGUUUAAACUACGUUUACAAUUUUAUAUUGAUGUGAUUUUUUUUGUUUUUUUCUAAGCUUUGAAAAAAGUUAUUGUACAAAAAGUAAAAAAAAAUGUGCUAAAAUAUUUUUCAAUAUUGAGAUAUAGUAUUACUUAUAUUUACUGCACAUGAGUCAUUUAUAUUUUAGAUUGUUGUAUACAAAAAAUAAAGACCAAUCAAAGAUUGUAAAUUUCUUUAGCCAAUUUUCUUCAGUAAAUUGUGUUAUACAAUAUUUUAUCUUGUAUGAUGUGAUAAGGAUAAUAGAGAUAUAAUAGAGAAUGAAAAGCAUAUAAAUCGAAAUGUAUUUUAUACAUAAUCAUUUAAAUUUUCGUGUUACAUUCCCAGCGUCACCUACCAACUGUGCAUCGAAUCGAACAUACAAAAAUGCACGUGGGCGGCUAGCUGCAGCCCAUCUCGAUCAAACUGUGUUCUCUAUGCGAUGACGGCAAGCUUAAAAAAGCCGUCCACCAACGUCCCAGGGAGAGAAGAGUGCUCCGUAACCUCAAAUACUAUUGUUGAAGGCGCGCGGGUUGUUAUUCAACCCUUUUGGAAUCCAAAUAGUAAUAAAGCCUCUUUUAGGUAGUUUAGCCCAUUUACUAUUGCAAGGCGUCAAGCGGGAGAAGGAGCUGACGUAAUUCAUCAAGUAUGCGCCUCGAGCCUACAUCGUUUCGACGCAGCGAUUUUUGAGCGCGCGCUUGGAUGCUGCACUGUCGGAGUCGGAGAUAAAGGAGGUCCUCGCAUCUCUUCCUGGAGAUGAACUGCUCGAAGCGGGAAAUGCGAUGAUUUAGUAAUGCUUCCCUCGACCGGUUACUUCAAAGCCAUCAAUUGCCCGUUUUACGACAACGGAUAUUGCGAGCGACCCUACUGUCACUUCAGACAUUCGCGUCGAGAUGCUUCUACUUCAUCAGCGGUGGUCACAACUGAGGCGGCUCAGGCGGUUUCAAAGCCCCAAAAUGCAGAAGCAGCCGCCGUGACAUCUUCAAAUUCAGAUGUUAUUCAGCAGCUUGUUUCUGAAGCAGUAAAGAAAGUUUUGGCGGAUCAAAAUGUCUCGGACACAGAAAAUAUUGUAAAUAGGGUCGUAGAGGGGUUGAAGCCAAAACUUGUUCCUGUUGUGCUCUCUACGACAACCCCUGCUGUUAAACAAGAAAUUGCUUCUCCAGAUCCUAUAGUUGGAAGGCACAUUGGUGUACCCGCAGUUUUACCAACAGCUAAAUCAUCUGCAUGUGUCUAUAAUCCAACACCAAUAUCUGAAUUAAGAAGGAGGCAUUUACCUAUCCCAUCUUAUAACCCAGCAAGAGAAAGUAAAGCAGUAAAAAGAAAGUCUCCGGAUAGUGAAAAACCUUGGAUGGAUGUUAUUCGCAAUAUUAGCUGCCUAAAGGAAUCAAAAGCUAGUUACACACCUACUGCUAUUAGCCAAAUAAAUUCAAAAGAGAAAAAUUCUUUUCACGGUUAUGUCCCAACGAUAAAAUCUGAUACUUCAUAUGAUGUUAAGAGUAGUAGUAAAGAGUCUUACAUUCCUGAAAAGAAGAAGAAAAAGGAAAUUUACUGUCCAAAACCAAAAAAACGACGAGAAGAAUAUGUUCCUAGAAAGCCGAAAGUCCCUCUAAAAGAUAAGCAGCAUUUAGAAGAUGAUUCAUUUGACAUACUCGAUGAAGUUUUUGGUAAUAACGAAUCAAAUCCAAGUGUUGGAUGUGAUGAAGAAUCACAAGAUAUAAUGGAAGUUGAUCCAAAGUUUUCUGAUGAUGAAGUUACUCCUGUUGGGGAUAUUACCAAAGACAAAGAUAGUUUAGAAGAUAAAGUUAGCAAAAUAUUACAUGACGGGAAAGAGAAUAAACAAUUACAAGAAAUCAUUGAAAUUGAUGACGAUAGUGAUGAUAAGAAUCAGAUAGAUAAUGAGAAAAUAGAAAAGUUUGAUGAAUCUUCUAAACAUACUAGAGAAGAUGCAUCAAAGAGUAAAAAUAAAUCUUCAGAGAAAAGCAGUAAAGAAGAUUCCAAGCACAGUAAACACAAAGAUGAUUCAAAACAUAGCAAAAGUACAGAAGAUUCUAAACACAGCAAAACGAAAGAGGAUUCUAAACAUAGCAAGAGUAAAGACGACGUUUCGAAACACAGUAAAAGUAAAGAUGAUGAUUCUAAGCACAGCAAAAGUAAAGAUAAAGAAAAAUCAGAAGACAGAAAAGAUAAAGACAAAUCAGAAGAUAGAAAAGAUAAAGACAGGGAAAAGAGUAAAGAUAAAGACAAGCAUAAGCACAGCUCUAAAAGUAGUGAAAAAGAGAGAUCUUCAUCAUCUUCAAAAGACAGUAAAAGUAGGGACAAAGAUAAAGAUAAGGUAAAAGACAGUAAAAGUAGUAAAGAUAGCUCUCAUAGAAGUAAGAAAGAUUCAAAAUCCGAUAAAGAAAGAAGUUCUAGUUCAAAAAGCUCAAGGGAUGAUAAAAAAGAAAGCAGGGACAAAAGCAGGCACAAAUCAGAUGACAAAAGUAGGCACAAAAGUAAAUCUAGCUCUUCAGAUUUGAAAAGUAAAUCUAGUAGAUCUCACAAGAGUUCGGAUAGGCAUAGUUCACACUCUAGUCAUAAAUCCAAUAAAUCAAAUGAGAAGAACGCCACAGAGACAGAAGACAGUGAUAAAAAUGAAGACAGGUCAGACAAAGAUGAAAAAUGUGAUAGCCCAGAAUAUGAGGAAUUUUCUCCUUUUUAUGAUGAACAUCUUCUUGAAACGUCAGAUUCAGAUCACGAUGUUGAAGAGGAAUGUCGAAAAAUAUUCCAGGAGUAUGAAGUUCCUGAUACCCCAAAAGACACAACGAGUAAAGCCCCUCCUAAACCGGAAUCUGAAGGGUCUGAAGAUGUUUCCAAAAAGAGAGUUGCUCAUCCAUCUGCGGCUUCAAGUAUAACAAAACCAGUUGGCCCAGGGCAGCCAAUAAAGCGAUUACCGAAUCCGCAGCAGCGAAUGUACGAAAGAUGGAGAAUGAUGAGGGAAGUAGCUGCUGAAAAAGCUGCGGAAAAAGCAGCUGCAAGUCGGGCUGCGGAAACGGCGCUUCAGAAAAAAGCCGCUGAAAGUAGUUCUGCUGGCUCUCAAAAUGACUCCCAAGUCAACGGUAAUGGUCGAAUAAGAAUUGCGCAAGUUCCGUACGCUUUGUCACUAGCACUAGAGAAGAAAAAAGUCAUGGAACAAGCUGCAAAAGUUGAGACGAAGACUAUUGCACAAAAUAAAAAAGGAGGACGCGUUGCUCACAUUCCUCAAACGGUGCCGCAAUUGAUUCGCCCAGAGCCGCUGCAAACUGCCGGCACGCAAAAGUUCGGAUUAAACGUGCGGCAAUUUUAUGUUAACGCGAUGCAAGACAUUUGCAUUCAAAUAUACACGUCUGGCGAUGAUGCAGCUCAAAGGGCUGUUCGUGAGGAAUUCGCCUGUUACGAGAGGUGUAAGGCCCUCAAUGUAUAUAAAAACUCAUGUAUGCUAACUGUGCAUAGACUCCGUAAAGAAGUAGACCAAAAGAACGAAGAUCCAUCAGCGUCUCACAGUAGAACAAUAUCUCAUGAAGCUGUGCUAGCAGGCAAGGUAAAAGGCACGUGGAGCGUUGUAAAGACUAAAAAAAUUUUAACAGACUUCAAAGGAGCAUCUCUAUAUAACAAGUUAGUAAAAUGGAUUUUGACUGAUCAAGAACUUAAAGACAAUGGUUUUCCAAGGCCGCAUCCUGAUGGUCCAAAGGGUCGAGCAAAAUUAUUUACUACAAAUACAAGGGGUCAAUCAACUCUUUCCAAAGUGCCUAACGAACGUUUCUGCUGUCGCUGCAACAAAUCGUACAUGGUCGAUAAACAUGGAUUUCCAACCCGGAAAGAAAAUUGCAUUUAUCAUUAUGCAAGAAAAUUCACAUUUAGGGGAGAGAGUAAAUAUAUGUGUUGCAAACAAGAUGGUUCAUCAGAUGGUUGUUGUGAUGCAACAACUCACGUAUGGGAUUUUGUCGAUACUGAAAAUCUCAGAGGAUACGUAUCAACUUUUGAUAAAAGUAAUGCUCCUGCUGAAGAACAAGGUGUGUUUGCUCUUGAUUGUGAAAUGUGUUAUACGACGCAAGGUCUGGAAUUGACACGUGUAACUGUAAUAAAUGAAAAUAAAGAUGUUGUAUACGAGACCUUGGUUAAACCUGCAAAUCCUAUUAUUGACUAUAAUACCAGGUUUUCUGGCAUAAGCGAAUUGGAUAUGAAAAGUGUGACAACUUCGUUGCAAAAUGUACAAGCUACUCUUCUUUCAAUGUUUUCUUCGAAAACCAUACUUAUAGGUCACAGUCUUGAAAGUGAUUUCAAAGCACUCAAACUCCUUCAUAAUACUGUUGUUGACACAAGUGUCAUGUUUCCCCAUAAGAAUGGUCCACCCUUUAAGAGAGCUUUAAAAACGUUAUGUUCAGAAUAUCUUCGAAAAAUCAUUCAAAAUGAAAUUGGUGGACACGACAGCAAAGAAGAUGCUGUGGCAUGUAUGGAGCUUGUUCAUUGGAAAGUCAGAGAAGAGGCAAAACUUCAGUAAAAUUAAUCUUUGAAAUGAUUAUUAAUUUAAAGACUAUUACAUACUGAUGUACUGCCCAAUGUAUUAUAAAUAUUGUGUAAAAUAUUGUAAUAUACGCGAACAAUUUUUCUCAUAGUAGUGUUUGUCUAGAUACUCGAAUAGUUAAUUUUUUCUUACUACUUGAUAAUAUGUAUAGCAAAAACAUUAGCCAAUCUGAUAAGUAAUAUUUUGUACCUCGUUACUUAUUUAUACAUUUUUUCUUAUAUAAGAUGAAAUUCAUACAUCGCCCUCGUUUCAUAUUUACUUAUCGAAUUCAGUUACUAACAAGGAGUGUGUACACUUUAUGGUUGAUAGAUUUUUCUACAGAUUGCUGUAAAUAAUUCUUCGUAAAAGAAACAGAAUCAAAGGCCUUAUUCAAGAAUUUUGUUCCUGUUUGUCAGUCUAUGCAGUUAUUAUUUUGCAAAGCGUGUUAACAGAAGAACGAAUGUAUGUACUUCCAAUACAUAUCGGCACUUGUAAAUAACUAUUAACAGGGUCUAGGAGAAAAUUCUAGAUGACGACUUUGAUUUUUUCAAUUAAAGAAUUAUUCACAAUAGUUUAUGCCGAGUCUUCAAAAAUUGGACUCUCCGCAUGUAAAUCUAAAAUUCAAAGAUAUAAUUUUAAAAUUUGGUAUUUUCAAUAGUAAUUUUAGUUAUAAUUUGAGAUUUUUAAGCUUAUUAAGUCAUACAAUCUAAAGUAGCUAAAGAAUUCACUUGAGUUUAGUUUAAAUUUAUCAAUUUUCAAUUUUCUAAAAUGUGAAUUACACUGGCUACCAUUUUAUUUCGCAUAGUGGAGCAACUUAAAAUUUCGUUCUAGUACCACUACCAGACUUCUGUGACAGUUAUACAUAGAUGAAUCAGUGAUAUAUUCAUCCUUUUGUUUUAAGAUAUUUUCUCAAAUUUUGUUUACUGGGAUGUCAGUUUAAUAUGUAUGAUAUUGUUUACUGACGAAUUUAGGAUACUUUUGUAAAAUUAUAAGUCCCAAAUAAAUGUGACUUGCUGCCACAAAAUGUUAAACCCUGAAA